AUGGUUCAACACAAGAUCAAGCAAAAGACAACUCUACCAAAGGGUGUCAAGCAAAAAACAAAGAAAACCAAACCUGUUGGUCCUAAACGUGGGCAUCAUCUCUACAUACCUCCCAAGAAGCAAAACCUCAUCCAGCAAGACAAGGUAGCAGCAGAAGUAACGAAAAUUAUCAACGAAAAGAAUGAAGAAAUGGUGAAAGGUCAAGCUGAUAAUGCUGUUGGUCGUAACCAGAAAAGCUGA